AUGGCACUGAUGCGUCUGCCAAAUGAGCUUCUUGAGAAAAUCAUCCUACACUCCAUUCCUGAUGCGUUCGAGGGUCUGGCAUUGACUUGUAAACUUCUGUACGAGCUCUGCACCCCGUUCAUCGCGCACCACAAUGAGAUCCGCUUCUAUUAUCAGCGUUUCAAAUAUUUUAAAAUGAAAGGGCUAUGGCAGAGCCACCUUUACUACAUACGCGAGCCUUACGCGUGCUGCUCUGCAUACAAUCUGCUCGCACGCAUUGGUGCUGAGCCACGUAUCGCUCGCUACAUGCGAGAGGCAGACUGCAAUCUCGACAGCCAAAGAGCACCGCGGAUGGAUUUUACUUGGUAUGAGAACGACCACCGGCCUGAAGCUGUGGCUCAGUUGAUGGCCAGCUCCCUCUACCUGAAAGAAGCAGGGCUCGAUUGGAAGGAAUAUUAUGCCGCCAUGGAAAAGGAAUUCGACGAAUUCGACGCCUCGAUCUACUCGCAACACGCCGCGGCGUUUCUUCUGACGCUCCUGCCCAAUGUCAAGCGCCUCAAGCUUCCUGCAUCCUGGCAGCCCGUUGCCAGAACUGAUAAGCUCGUCGAGACCAUCAUCCGAAGAGCUAGACAGGCUCAUCUACUUCGCAAUGCACCCAGCAUCGCCGGAGUCACCAGACUAGAGGCCGAGGGCAGAUACGAACCCACAGGCCGAUUCUCCCUCGAUUUGCUGGCUCCGUUUCUGGUUCUGCCGCAUCUCCGGUCGUUCUACAGCCCCCGCGGUGUAUGCAUGGCCGACGGUGACGAACGCCUGGUGUCCAGAUACAUGCGUGAUGGUUUGAAAUCCACCCUCGAAACAGUUCAUUUUUGGCGGGCCAAUAUCAGCAGCAGGGCCAUUGGCGAGCUUCUAAAGCACACACCACACCUCAAGACAUUAUGCUACUCGCGCUGGACGAGGGCCACCGAUGAACCGCAAGACUGGGAUCUUUGCCAAUUUAUCAGGACAAUUCAACAGACAGUGGGGUCACACCUCGUAGAGCUAUGCGUCAAUUACCGUCCGUUCCAGGGCUCAAUUCUGCCAGGCAAGGUGUCCAUGCGUGGCUUUCCGCAGCUGCGGCAGCUAGAGCUUCCUCUGGCAGUCGCAACGUGCAACCAGCUGGCUGCUGCUGGAGAGGAACACGGAGAAGGCUAUGUCGAGUCGCUACUUGGAGAUAUUGUGCCUGCAUCUGUGUCUUGUCUUUCGUUGGAAGGCUGCGAAACGGAUGAUGAGCAACCGGCGCUCGAUUCUCUAUUCCGGAACUUCGCCGCGAGGAAGGAGGCUGAGGUGCCGGCACUCCGAGAGGUUUACAUAGUUGAACCGUACAGGAAGCAGUCGGCAUACGGUAGACAGUAUGCCAAAAUCGCCGCCGAGGUUGAAAAGUCAGGCGUGACUUUUUCUUAUUUCCGGAUCAAUAAUCAAUGGGGAGGAGAUAGGGAAGAGGAGUGA